AUGGACCUGGAAAAGGAGAAGGUCACCGAGGGCCCAGAAGACUCCCCAAACACCACCCAGCCUGUGGAAUCUGUCAUCAGCCACCUGUCUCCUUCUAAUAAGGAGACUAUCACGGUCACUCUCCAUGGGGCCACCAACCUCCCUGCCUGCAAAGAUGGCUCUGAGCCGUGGCCCUACGUAGUAGUGAAAACCACGUCUGAGGAAGCAAAGAACCAGGACUCCAAGGCAGUCACAUCUGUGACCUCAGAGCCUACCAAAGCCCCCAUCUGGGGUGACACAGUCACAGUGGAGAUCCAAGCUGAGGAUGUGGGGCAAGAAGAUGUGAUCCUUAAGGUGGUGGACAACAAUAAAAAAGAGGAGCUGCUGUUCUACCAAAUCCCCAUCAAGUACUUGCGUGUCUUCCACCCCUACCACUUUGAGCUGGUGAAGCCCACCAAGACUGGGAAAGCUAAUGAAGACACUGCCAAGACCCACCUGUACGCAACUGUUGUCCGGAAGGGCAGCUUCAUCCCCCGCCAAGUUGACGGUAACCACAGAGCUCUGGAGGUCUUUGUUCGGGGAAUAAAUGAGACCCUAAUCAACAACCCCAGCCCCAUGGUGGUCAUUGCCCGGGUGGUUCCCAACUACAUGGAGUUUAAGGUCAGUCAGAUGAACCAGGACCCAGCCUCCCUGGGGUUGCCCUUUACCCCCCUCUCCUUCCCUAUUCCUUCUGUGAUGAACUUCGAUGUCACCCAAGUCAGCCAGAACGGGUGCCCUCAGCUGUCCAAGCCCGGGGGACCCCCAGAGCUGCCCCUGUGGAAUCAGUCCUUCCUCUUCCAAGGCCGAGACGGAGCUACCAACUUCUCAGAAGAUGCCGCCCUGGUGCUGGAGUACUACGCCUCGACUUCAAUGAAAGGCGGUGAGUCGUGGACCUUCAGCAAGCCACUGGGAGUCUCCGUGUUGCCAUUAAAGAGCCAUUUGUACCCUGAGAUGCUGAGAGGGAAAGGCCUGAAUGGGUUGCGAAUAGAGAGGCUCCCCAUCACCGACACCAAGCUGAAAACCAUAAAUGGCGAGGCCCCCACGGUGGAUCUCUCCUUUCAGCUGCUUUCCUCUGAGAGGCCAGAAAACUUCUUAACACCAAACAACAGCAAGGUUCUGCCCACCCUGGACCCUAAGAUCUUAGAUGAGAAGCUGGGUUCCAUCCAUGAGUCCUGGUCUAAGGCCACAGUGAGCUCCACCAUGACCUCCAGCACAUCCAUCUGUCAGGAAGCAGAGGAAGAGCCUCAGAUGCCCCAAAUGUCCCAUGAAAUGGAGAUAAACAGCUACCGACAGGCCAUACAGACGAUGGCUGAGGACAUCCUGUCGCUGCGGAAACACGCCAGGGUCCUGGAGGCAGAGAACCGCAUGCUGAGGAAGCACCUGAUCCAGGAGGAAAUGGAGGAGGAGCAGGACAAUGCUGAUAAGACCCAGAAGCUGAGUGAGGUGUCCAUGAGGCGGAAACUGCUGCUGAGUGAGCUGGACAUGAAGAAACUGAGGGACACGGUGCAGCAUCUGCAGAAUGAGCUGAUCCGAAGGAAUGAUCGAGAGAAGGAGCUGCUUCUGUACCAGACUCAGCAGCCACAGGCUGCGCUCCCGAAGCGGCCACAGGACAAACUGCAGAAGAUGAAGGCGCUGGAGGAGACCGUGCGGCACCAGGAGAAGGUGAUUGAGAAGAUGGAGGGGUUGCUGAAGAGCAAGCUUCAGGAGAGGAGCGAGCCCCUGCCCGACAGGCUGCGGGGAAAGCCCGGCAGGGCCUCAGGACUUCCCCAGGAUCCUACAGGAGAGAACCUGCCUGUUGACCUUUACUCAGUGCUGCUGGCAGAAAACUCGAGGCUGCGGGCAGAGCUGGAUAAGAGCCGCCAACAGUCGGCCCCCAUCAUUCUGCAGCAGCAGGCCCUGCCGGAUCUUCUUACCAACACUUCGGACAAGCUUAACCUCCUGGCCAAGCUGGAACAAGCUCAGAACCGGAUCCUAUCCCUGGAAAGCCAGUUAGAGGACUCAGCUCGACGCUGGGGACGAGAGAAGCAGGACUUGGCCACACAGUUGCAAGAGCAAGAGAACGGCUUGGGUCACCCUUCAAACUCCAUCAUCGCAGACCUGCCUAACUCCUCAACCCAUGCCAAGGACUAUGGGCGACCCUCAAAACUGGACCCCUUAAUGCCCAGCUCAGAGACAAAGUUCAUCAAGCCCUCAAACUCCCAGCAGACCUGAGUCCCAACAGACCUGAGAACUGGAGCAGCUCCCUCACUGUGUGCUGGGGUUUUUGACCACAUCCUCAAAAUGACUUUAUUAAAUGCUGUAAGUCGGUGAGCAUUUGCCUCUUUCCUGGAGCAGGGCAGGCUGGAGGUGCCCAGAUUCCUCCUCCCAGACCCCAUUCUGGGCCUGGGCCCUCAGCUGCAGUGAAAUAGUCUCCUGCCUCCCAUCUUUAGAGAGCUGAAGGCUAGAGUGGACCCAGGAGGGUGGGGAGAAAAGUCUUUCCAAAGCAGAAAGGCUCCAACAGUGGAGCCAAGGAAACAAGCUCCUUCCAGGCUUCUGGAAGAAGUGAGACCGCCAGAGACCAACUCUGUUAGGAGAUGUGAGGGAGGGUGGAAUUUCCACCUGCCCCCAAACAUCUACCAUAACUAAAAUCCCUUCAAGUUUAGUUUACCUGUUUCUUGGGAAGGGAGACACUUGAAGUCUGCCUGUGACAAUCAGUAUUAAUAGUGUGACAUGCCCCGUCAAUGUAGCCAGGGACAGGAAAGCAGAUGGGACUAAAAGAAGGAGUCCUCCCCAGAAAGGAGCCCUGGGUUCUCACUACAAGCAUGCAAUGUGACCUUGGGUCACUCAAGCAACCUCUCUAGGCUUCAUUUUCCCCAUCCAUCCCAUGCACAGCUUGACCUCUCUGAUGGUAAGACCCUUUCCAGCUAUAACAUUUCUGAGUCAAAAAAUGACUCAAGCCAGGAGAAGAGAAAGGAAGGAGAGAGACAAGAAAGAGUAUUGUGAUGGGGAAAAGCAGAAAGGCUCCAACGGUGGACUCAGGACCUACAGAUCCUGGUAAAAGGCUUCAAGCUAACUGGGCUGCUAUCCCAAGCAGGACUAGCUCCCCUGUCUACUAGCAGGACUUAGGCUUGGGUAGUCAAGGACCAGGAAGGAUCGGGCACCUGGUUCAGGUCAGAGUUAUGGAACUCAGAAGGGGUGAGGGGGCCCAAAAUUGGGACCAGUUCAAAUAAUGGACCAAAGAUUCUGCUGCAGUCUCCCUGCCUACUGCCCAGAGCUUAGAAAAGUGGGCAUGUCCCCCUAGAGCAGGAAUUUGAGGCCUGGGGAAGCCCAGAGAAGGGUCAGGUGGGGCAGAGGAAGUAUACUGGCCUUCCGUCCCCAGGGUCAGUCACCUCAUAACAGCCCCUCACUCACAGGCCUCAGCCCUGGUCAUGCCCAAGACUCUGGCUGGACCUUGGCAGGAAGUCUUCAUGGCCCACCUGGACCUUGGCUACCCACCUACCCAAAAUUCAGCCAAGCAGAGCACUGCACGAGCCAUCAGUACUCAGCUCAAUCAGUACUCACUCACCUCUGAUAGGUGAGCCUGCCCCGGAA